AUGAAGAUGGAAGUAUUUGCCGAGUGUAAAGAGCAGAAAGAGCGUGUGAAGGCCUGCUACGGAGAGUGGUUCCAGAAACUCUGGGGCGGCUCGUUCGACCAAGCCAGCUGCGAGCGGGACACACAGGAUUUCCGUCAUUGUGUGCAAGAUGCAAUGAAGCGUCGUAAGGAGGAAGCAAAGAGCAAGUGGAACGACAAUGACAAUAGCUGGAUGGACCGCGCUAAGGAACAGGCGGAUGAUUUUGCAUCUGAUGCUAAGUCUCAAGCGCGUCAUGCAGGGAAUCGCUCUCAAAAUGAGAAGGAGAACGCCAAGAGCAAAGUAAAGGAUACGGCAUCGGAUGCGAGAAGCAGAGCACAGGACACGGCCUCAAUUACCAGGAACAAAAUCCAGGACACGGCAUCAGAUGCGAGGAGUAGCAUGCAAGACGCGGCGUCAGAUACCAGAAGCAAGGCCCAGGACAUGACUUCAAAUGCCAGGAGCACCGUCCAAGACACGGCCUCGGAUGCAAAAAAGAAGGUGAAUGAUACCGUUUCAAACGUAGCAUCCAUGGUGCAGGAGACGGCUGACUCGUGGGCGGACAAGAUCAAGGGCCUUGCAAAGUAG